GACAAUUUGUAUUUGCACUGGCUGCGCUGUCAAUGGCGUAAAAUAACUAGUUAUAAUAGAGGCGCAAUCCUAAAUGAAAUAAUACGUAAAAUUGACGUCAUUACUGAAGUAUUAAAUUAUUACAAUGGUUGUGGGAGCUUUCCCUAUUGCAAAAUUGUCUGUAUUACUAAUUAAACAGAUAAGUAAACCUAUAGCAAAUAUAUGUAAAGAACGGGCCAAAAAUAGUCCUUUUUUUAGGACUUAUGUUUGCAUGCCUCCCGCUCAGUUUUACAACUGGUGUGAAGUAAAAGCUAAAAUGUGGAUUUUGAAUUUGGGCAAGCCAGUAAACAUCCCAGUUCUUAGUCAAGAGAUGGCAAUAGAACUAGGAGCCAAUCUUCUUGGUGAAUCUGUAAUCUUUGUAAUAGGUGCAGGUUUACUGAUAUUUGAGUAUAACAGGCAAAGUAAUAAAGAAGCAGCUAAAGAACAAAAACGUGAGAAUGAAAUGAAACACAUCACUAGUACAAUUACAGAUUUGUACUUUACAGUGCAGCAACAACAAACACAGCUCCGAGAAAUGGAACGUGCAAUUCAUUCUAUAAGUGGAAGUAAAAAGCCUAUUUUACCACCACUAAGUUCAGGACCAUCACAACCGCCACAACCACCCGUCACACCCAUUCCACAAAAUAUGAAUCUGGCUCCUGUCCAAAAUUAUGACAAUGGACAGGUUACACACACUCCCUACCCUAAUAAAGGAAUAAUUCUUCAAUCUCUUAACUACAUACAGAUGGAUGUAUUAAGUUCCAUCUUUCCAAGUAAUACUGACAGCAAACAAAAUGUAUCCCUCGAGGAGAAAGCAUCUGUUCACCACAGACGUGAAAAAGCAGUGCUUUCUGAAGUGUUAUAUGAUAUUGAAAACAAUUUCAGAAGUUUAUUUUAGUUCUAAUAAAUCAUGUGUCCAAUAUCAGGGAUUGAAAAUCAGCAUAUUAUAAGCAAUUACAUGCAUUUGCUGUAAAAGUAGUUAACCUAUUUAUAAAGUAACUGCCUGUAUACUGAAACUUAAAUUGGGAAUUUCUUAUUAAAGUGAUGAUAAAUUCUUUAAAAUAAUGUUUUGAAAAUUUGUCAAGUUCACAUUUCAACCAAUAAGUUUGCGAAGAUGCUUAAUAUAUUUAUAUGAGGAAAUGCAUCAAACAAUAUGACUGUUGUUGUAGACCACAGACCAUCCCCAAUGCAAUACAUAUAUGCUGAUACACAUAGUUGAGUAGACUUUAUACUCUGAAGUACUAGUACCUCACCUGCACCGAAUUUCAAAGAAGAGAACUAGAAUAAUAUAACAGAAUUAUCCCAGUGUAAAUUACCAUUUUAUACAAAAGGUCUUUUUAAAGUUGAGCAAUGAUAUACUCAAUAGCUAUCAUUAUCUCAGCCAAAGUUGGGUGUAAUCAACUACAUUUGUAAUCAGAGUUAAUGAUUAGAUAUCAGAAUCAUAAUUACUUCUAAUGCUGAUUUGUAAUAAUCAAAUUAUUUGUCUGAUUACUGAAUUAUUUUUCGACAUAAUUCAGUUUUGUUAGUGAAGUAAUUUGUUGCUUACGGGGGAGACAAAGCCGUGUCGCGAGAAUCGAAACCUAUUAGCUUAGCUUUGCCUCAGUCUCGUAAUGAAUCUUUGCUUUCUCUUAAGAAACAAGAGUUUGGUUGCUAGUGAAAAAUAAUCAUGUACCUAACUAAUGAAAAAUAAUCAUGACAUCUUUCAUGUAAUCAGUUUACAUCGAUCAUUAUUUUUUAUGUAAUCUGUAAUCAUGAUUCUUUAUAGUUUAUUUUAGAGCGUUGAUCUGAUUACUUUUUGUCUAUACCUGGUCUCUAUUGUGUAAUAUCUAAAAACUAAAAAUUGGUGUAUUAAACUGUUAGGUAGACACCUUUGCUGCAGUACUUGUUAUCUUAUCAACAACUAAAGUGUAGUAUAGUUGUUUUGGUGAAACUAAUUAAUUCUUAGGAUAUUCUGUAUUGUAAAUAAAUUAUACUAUAUGGAUUGUUUUGUUAAUAAACAUUUAUUUUACUGUU